AUGUUACGGAGAUCGUUUUCACAGGCCUCAAAGCUACAAAAGAAGCUGAACAAAGAUGAAAUAGCCAAGGCUCUGUCACUGCUGAAGGGCACCUCUUCAUUGAAUGGGAUUGAUGUCACGUCGGAACAGGAGAAGCACAAGUACAUUAGCUACUUCACGAGGGCUCUGAACUCCAACAUUGGCGAUAGUGCUGAUGACCUGGCCACAGUGAAGAGCCACUUCACGCACUCUUUAUUGGGGCUGAAUACCAUUCUGAACGUGAACAACAAGACCCAUCUCGACCCUAUAAGUAUCAAGGAUAGAGUGUCGAGGUGCACAGAUGAGAAACAGGUGCUGGAGAUAUUUGAUGAGCUGCUAACGAAUGAGACUUUAGACAUCAAGAGCUUCAAGCAUAUCCUGACGAACAAACACGUGCAAGACCUGGAUUAUAUCUACUCAAGACUGCAAUUUGUACACUCUGACGAGUUGAAGAUUUUGGUGUGCUCUAGAGCACUCAUGCAAAAGAAGACCAGCUUCGCUCAGGAUGUCUACGAGGACAACCUGGGCAAGUGGCUGAUGAUGCGUGAAGAAGCGAAACUCUCACAGUUCUCUGAGAAGUCUCUGUAUCAGGUCAUCUGGAGAAUAGACAAGGAUAUCUCCCUUUUACAGAGGCUGAGCUAUACACAGGCUUCUUAUCUCAUGUUGAUUGAGACGAUUCCAAGACAGCUCCCACAUCUACCAGCUCCAGCACAGUUCCAGUUCACUUCAAACCAGAGGUUGUUCUUGAAAUUUGUCAAUUUCAUCAAUAAGAAGCCUAUAACGUCAACUUCCAACAAACUAUUGCAGAGGCUUCUUCGUUUGAACGUGGAAGCCAUGAUCUCUAGGGAAGUGAACGAUGAAAUGACCAUACAUAAGUACCGUUAUGUCAACGGGCUGGUGGACCUUUGCGACGAUUUACAGAAGGAGUAUGGCGACGCCUCGGAGCUUUAUGAGACACUACACUCAUUGCACGACGUUAUUCAACACGAGACAGUUCUCAAAUUCAUUUAA